AUGUCUUGCUCAGCGGAUGAAAGCACACAUCCCAUGCUAUCGCAGCACAGAAUCCGAGAUGAGGAAGACGAGGAUAUUCCACUUGAGGACAGCGAAUCAGACGUGACAAGAGUCUGCCAUACGGCGCCAUUUGGCAAAAUGAACCGUCUACGAGCACGGAGCCCCUCGGACAUGUCAAUAUGGUCUUAUAGCGCUCCCAAUCCACAGACAAGAGGACGGCAGCGGCUUGUCGCCGCCGUGGCUUGGUUUCGCUGGGGGAUGGUCGUGAUGUUGCAGACUGUCAUUUUAGUCCUGCUGUGGCGGCAGAGCCUGAAAGGGACAGGAGGAGAAAUGGAUCCAAUAUUGAGAGGCAAAACAGUCGAGACCGGCGGCGACAUCAAUGGGAUUUACAAAACAACAUCACAUGCCUAUACAUUCUUAAAGCCCGACCCAGACAGAUUUAUCCCCAAUAUGACAUCGAACGACAACCGGUUGGAGAUACGGAGGAAUUGGGACUUACUUAUGCCAUUGGGUAGUGGCAGCGUUGCGAUCCCAGACUACCGCGAUCAUCCGCUUCUCGGAGACCCGAUUACAGACGAUCCCAUUCGUUCUGGGCCGCUUUUCGAGGCGUCAUGGACGCACGCCUUGCAUUGCUUAUACUAUGCCGUGGAUAGCUACCACCAACUCAUUGUCAACGGACGCACAGACAACGAUAACCCGUACCAUGCAGCCCACUGCUUCGAGUACCUUCGCAACAGCAUUCUGUGUAACCUCGACAUGACAUUGGAGGGGUCGAUGUCGACGCCAGAUGACAAGGAACGUGGCCAGCCUCACGUAUGUCGCAACCGAGAGGAGGCUAUUGCCUGGAUUGAGGCGAGAAGGGUGGACGAUUUGCAGGACAUUGUUGGACCAUGA